UGAAACAAAAAGCAUCAAAAAGCAUCAAAAAGCCAUAAAAAGCCAUGGAAUUGCCUGGCAAGGUUCAUCAAGAGACCAGCAAGAGCUCAAAGGCCGAAAACUCGCUCAUCAAGCAGUCCGCAGAUGGCCACUCACAGGGGGACUCUCAACCUCGAGAUGAAACAGACGUGAGAAGGCAAUCAACUCACGGCUGGGAGGGAGGCUGGGAGUACUUUGGUAGAGGGUGGGGGAAGUUUGAAGCCGACUAUGGAGAAGAUCCAAGGUCAAAACCUAGUGCAAAGGAUACUACAGAGCCUUCAACGACAACAAAUAUGGCCUGGAAAAAUGAAGCAGGUCCUGAACAGGCCACGGGAAGUGAAAGCAGCUUGCUGCCGGUCGAAGCGCAAACUCUUGGUGCAUCAGUGCCAAGCUCUUCUCCAAUAGCAUCACAGUCGGAGGCCGAAAACUCGCUCAUCAAGCAGUCCGCAGAUGGCCUUGAUAGCAGCGAGGGGAACGGAGGGUCUUCCGCUGUCAAAGUGCCAGAGGACCAGGAUGAUAGGGAAAUUGCGGAGCCAGAGAAAGCCAAUGUCAAGGAGGUUGAAACGGUUGAAGUUGAAGGGCAAGUGCCAAAAACAGGAGAUGAUGUCGCAACUGGAGAUGAAACAGACGUGAGGCAAUCAACUCACGACUGGUGGGACGCUGAAGAAGGCUGGCCGGAGUUGAACCCCGGAGACUUUCAGCUUAGUCCAGGCUCUGAACAGGCCACGGGAAGUGAAAGCAGCUUGCUGCCGGUCGAAGCGCAAACUCUUGGUGCAUCAGUGCCAAGCUCUUCUCCAAUAGCAUCACAGUCGGAGGUUGAGGCGUUCUGUGCACACCUGACAAGGCUUUGGCCGGAAGUCAGUGCUACCGAUGCCUUCGUGCACUUCGCUGGCAGAGGAAGUGACACUUUGUUCGCGGGGACGUUCACAAGCGUCGCGAACUCCGUCGGCCUUCCAGUUGACAUCUUCCCCGUGUUAAGCGGCGACAAGAGCUACGUUCACCUCGAGGACUGGCUCGGUUUCCUCGAAGGAGCUGUGCAGAUGGUCCCAGAGGCCCCAGCGCAUCAGCGCGAGGAAGAGUUUGAACAGCGCGUCAGAGAUUUGCUGGAAAAUUUGGAGGAGGAGGAGGACACCUCUACUGAAAGCACUGGUGCUGCAAACCAGGGAAGCGAGGACGAACCGUCAAGUCCCGAAGAGGUAUCAGUCCAGGACGAUCACUCGCUGACGCAGCGCAAUGAUCUUCAAGCAUUGGUCCAAGAGCUCCAGGUGCGAUUGGAAAAGUCCGAAGAAGAGAAGAUCCGAUGGCAAAGAGAAGCGCAUAGGCAAGAGGAGGCAGCAACGGAGUUGAGAGAGGAGAUGAUGAGGCUCAUGCAGGACAUGAAAUAUAAACGCAUUCCUUACGACAAACUCGAGGUGGGCCAGAAGUACCAUGGCACCGUGAAAUCUGUCCUGGACUUCGGUGCCAUAGUGGACAUCGGCGCCCAAAGUCAUGGCCUACUACACAUCUCCUGCAUCUGCAAGGAACGUAUUGAAAAUAUCUACGACAUUUUGUCUGAGGGACAGCAGGUGGAUGUGUGGAUUUCCGGCAAGAGAGAGGAUGAAGGAAAAUAUGGUCUGACCAUGGUUGGUCUGAGCGACAGACGACGUCGACCACCAGCAGACUUGAAGCCCUUUGCGGAUCUGCCCUCCGAUGAGUGGUUCAACGGCGUCGUGGCACGCAUUGUGCCCUUCGGCGCCUUUGUGACGGUGACCCUGGAGGAUGGCGCCACAGCGGAUGGCUUGGUGCACGUGUCCAAGAUCAAGGAUGGCUUCGUGGACAAAGUGCAAAGGUAUGUCUCCACGGGUCAAGACGUCCAGGUGCGCAUUGAAUCCGUGGACUUGGACUCCAACAAGAUGAACUUGUCCAUGCGAGCCUACGCGCCAUCUCGUCGGUAGGAGCACUCCUUUUUCUGAACUGCUAAGCACUGAUUAAUGUACACCAAAUCAAAUCGUUGGGGGAAUAUCCCUAUCUUAAAA